GGCUUUUGAAAUUGCUGCCAUAUUGGCUAACAAUGAGAGCUAAAACAGACAAGAGGGGCCGUUUUGGCUCCACGAGGGUUGUUUUUGCUCUACAAGACUACAACUGGUGCCAAAUAGAGUCCUUAAGUGUGACGUCACGUUACCAUGGCGCUAAAAAAUGCAGUUGUAAACAAAAUAUCUUAUGCGAGCGCUUUGGACACGCUUCCUUUGUUUUGAAUGUCUAAAGCUUUAAUUAUCCAGUGUAAUCCCACAAAAGACAGUAAAAAAAACAGGAAAGGUUAAAGGAUCAUCCAAGGGAUCAACUUUCGUCGAAGAAGUGUAAAGGACGCGGGUCAAACGAGCAAAAUGGUUUACUGUUUUGCUCCUACAUGUGGCCAUUCGUUGGAGGGCAACACUUGCAAGUUCUUCGCUUUUCCAAGCGCUUCAAAGCAAAACGACGAGUACAAGAGAUGGAUUCGACUCAUAAGGUGAAGAGUUGACAUCAGGACAUGAGGGAGAAUCAUCGAAUACUGAAUUAUAGAAGCUUCAGCUAGUUGUCUUUUUAACGGUCGCUUUGUAUUUUCCGUAGCCAAAACCUUAAAUCUUAGUGUUUUCGAAGGUAUAAUCCAUCAAUUUUGAGGAUCAAAUUUUUAUCACUUUAAUGAAAGUACGACAGAACUACACACAGCUUCACCUAACCCAAUUGUUUCAUUGUAGUGUGGCCACAAUUUCUAACAUUGUUAUAACAUUGACUCAUGUUUUGCAUGAAAUUUUGUUUGACCUAAUGACGUCGAUUCCAUCCCGGGGAAAAAACAAGAUCUCUGCACCCUCCUCUUUCAGGCAAUUUGAAUCCUGUCGGAUUUUUAUCUGCACAGGUAUUGAGGUUGCUGCUCUGGGAUUGAUGCGUCAGCAAAAUGCAACCUAUUUAUCAUACAGAGGAAUGAAUUCCUUUAAGGUAAUAGUUGGUGUUGUACCAAAUGGAGUCAUUACCAAUGUCAGUCGGCUGUAUCCAGGUUCUGUUUCAGACAAGGCCAUUGUGCAACAGUCUGGACUCCUUAAUCACUUGACAGCUGGAGAUAUGAUUCUGACGGACAAGGGUUUCCUCAUCCAGGAUGUUGUACCACAUGCUGUCUGUGUCAAUAUUCCACCUUUUCUGAAUAAUGGAACUUUCACAGAGAGUGAGGUCAAGAAAACAAAAGCCAUAGCUAAAGCACGGAUUCAUGUCGAAAGAGCCAAUGCUAGGCUGAAAGACUUCAAAAUUUUAGGCGUCAUUCCUUUGUAUUUGCACUGCUAUGCUGACAUUUUGUUUCAGUUAUGUGCAGCACUUGUAAAUUUGCAAUUUCCUCUCAUCAAAGAGGGAUGCGAAGAUAUGGUUUUUGAGUAGUUUUAUGCUUGAAGACUACAUUGGACAGUUUUUUAAUAAUUUUUGUUGUUCAAAUAGAAAUAAAACAAUUUGUAGACUGAGGCUUACUUAGAAGAAAAUACAGCUAGAGGGGUGGGGGCUGGAAGCAUUCUAAUAUAACAGUAAAGGGAUGAUUUUACCUCCUAGGGAUUACAAUAUUUAUCAUCUGGUA